UGUAUCGGCCGCUGUGUCAUAGUGCGGGCUACACACUGCGCAAGCGUGAAGUUUUCUUUCUAACUCGCUGUCUCCCCUUUCCAUUCCCCCUCUCCUGGAUUACUAUAUAACCACCCUGCUGUUGACAAUAAAGGCUGAGUUUUACCUGUCUCGUUCCCAGGCGUGUACGUACGUUUCGUUCCUGCCGUGGCCUAACGGCCGCGACAAUGUUACAGUGGCGACGAGUCAAGACGACACCCACGCAGUCAAGGCAGAGCCAGACACCCCGGCACUGAAGACAGCCGUGCCAGCGAUUUCCAUGGCUUUGCAGAUGCUCCCGAGCUUCGACGAAAGCACAGAUAAGUGGAAGCCGUACUUGAUCAAAGUCGAGGCAUAUUUCGAAGCAAAUGGCAUCGUUGAGUCAAGUAAGAAGAGAGCACUUCUUGUGGCUGCACUGAGCACGCAGACUAUUCAAAUCCUUGCCGGAAGGGUGGCUCCCCGCGCGCCAAACUCAUUGAGUUAUGACGAAGUUAUCAAAGCCUUGAAUGAAUACUAUGACCCUAAACGGAACGAAAUUUCGGAGAGCUACAAAUUCUUCAGUCGUUGCCAACUGGAAGGAGAAUCUAUUCAGGCUUUCCUCGUCGAGAUCCGCCGCAUCGGAGACAACUGCAACUUCGGCAGUUGCCUUGACAGGAUGAUCCGAGACAGGAUUGUCUGCGGGGUACGCUCAAGUGCAGUACGGAAACAACUCUUGGCAAAGAAAGAGCUCAAGCUAGAAGAAGCCGAAGCGACAGCAAUAGCUGCUGAAGCCGCGGAAAACGAUGCGCUAAAGAUUUCCUCAGAAGUAACGCCACUAUUGAAAGUGCAAGCGCGUCGCCGGCCAACACCGAGAGAAAGCGCCGAAAAUGCAGCGUGUCGGCAAUGCAGUAGAUGUGGAAGCUUGAAACAUGACGCUAACAGCUGCAGCUGGGCCAAAGCUCGCUGUUACCACUGUGGUCAACGUGGACAUCUCGCAAAAAUGUGUCCCAAUCGCAGCGACAAGCAACUCGAGGCUGCUGCACCUGCGCCUCGUGGUCAAACAUUAACAGUGCAAGAAACCACGUCAGAAGAUUGCUAUGAAAAUGCUCAUAUCUGGACUUUGCUGUCGGCGCGAACGAAGUGCCUCGAGCCGCCAAUUCGCCGCACAUUCAAUUGGGGCGGCGUAGAACUGGCAAUGGAAGUAGACACAGCAUGUAUGCGUCAUAGCGCGACAGGUUUUCGAUAAGCAUUGCAAACACUGGCCAAGUUUGAAGCCUUCACAUCUGAAACUUUCAAGCUACGCUGGAAGGCUGCCUGUGUUAUGCGAGCUUCGGCUAGCUGUUGGGCACCAAGGUGUGUCAGUUGAAUGCACGCUCAUAGUACUAGAUUGCACCGGACCAAGCCUGUGCGGUCGAGACCUGUUAACCCUGCUGGAUAGGGCUGGAGUUCCGGUACUGCAAGUCAGUAAAAAAGAAGUGCCGGUGACGGAAGAAGCCAUCAACCACAUCAACGCCUUACGCAGUAACUACGAAGAUGUCUUCUCCGAGGAAUUGGGCCUGAUGAAGGGACCCCCAGCCAGCUUGGUGCUCAAGGACGGUGCGGUAAACAAGUUUUGCAAGGCGCGACCGCUUCCGUACGCGCUCCGCGACAAGGUGGCAAAAGAGCUGGAUCGGCUAGUGUCGCUAGGCAUAAUAUCGCCCAUAAAAUAUUCGGACUGGGCGACCCCCAUAGUACCAGUGCUUAAAAAAGAUGGCACAGUCCGGAUUUGCGGGGACUUUAAGGCCACCUUGAAUCAUGCUUGUGCACUUGAGCAGUAUCCCCUUCCGGUGAUUGAAGACAUGUUCGCGUCUUUAAGCGGUGGUGAAGUUUUUAGUACACUCGACUUGAAAGAUGCCUACAACCAGGUGCCACUAGACGAAGCUUCACGCAAGCUGUGCGUCAUUAAUACGCACCAAGGCCUAUUCUGUUACAACAGGCUGCCGUUCGGCAUUUCCUCUGCUCCUGCUAUAUUUCAAAGGAAGAUGGAUACCAUUCUAGCGGGCCUGCCUGGCGUUCAGGCAUACUUAGAUGAUGUGCUUGUGUCUGAAAAGGCGGCAGACAACGGAGCUCGGCUGAAAACAGUGUUGGAUCGGUUUCGAGAGCAUGGCGUAAAGCUGCGAUAUGACAAAUGCAAUUUCAGCCAGCCAUCGGUUACUUAUCUGGGACACCGUAUCGAUUGUAUCGGUCUUCACCCGACGGAAAAGAACGUGGAAGCUAUCAUGAAAGCACCGAGCCCUCGUAACGUGAGCGAGCUGCGUUCGUUUGUCGGAAUGCUAACAUUUUAUUCAAGGUUUUUGCCGAACAUGUCAAGCGUGUUGUCCCCGUUGUAUCAGUUACUAGAAAAGAAUGCGCGAUGGCAGUGGAACCAGCCCCAGGAAACUGCGUUCGCCAAGGCCAAACAGUGUCUCAAGAAUACCGAAGUGCUUGCCCAUUUUGACCCGUUAAAGGAGCUGAAACUCGAGUGCGACGCUUCCCCACACGGCAUUGGCGCAGUACUGUUUCACACAGUAGGCAGCGUCCACAGACCGAUAGGAUUCCGUUCAAGGACUCUCACGAAAGCCGAACGGAAUUACUCGCAGCUGGAGCGUGAGGCACUGGCACUCGUUUUUGGGGUCACGAGAUUCCGAGACUAUCUGUUGGGCCGUGAAUUCACCUUGGUUACAGACCACCAGCCUCUCCUCGGAUUGCUAAGGGCCGACCGCCCAACACCGUCUAUGGCUGCAGCCCGCAUUCAGCGUUGGGCCCUCUAUCUCGGAGGAUAUUGCUACAAACUUCAGUACACUCCCGGAAGACAACUGCUGAACUCGGACGCCCUCAGCAGGCUUCCGCUGCAAUCACCCGGUCCCAGUAUGGAGCCCCUAGAGCCGCAAGAGUACGUUUUUUCUUUGGAAAUCCUGGAGGAAGGCACAGUCACGACACGGGAGCUGAAGGACCUUACAGCUGUCGACCCGACACUAGAUCGCGUCAAGCAUUACGUGCUACGUGGUUGGCCUAGAAGCUCGAAAGGCCUUGAGCCGUGCCUGGCGGUAUUUUUUGACCGUCGACUGGAGUUGUCCCUGGCACAUGGGUUAAUUUAUUGGGGCCAUCGAGUGGUUAUACCAGCCGGUGCGCGAAAGCGAUUGCUGCAGCUGCUGCAUGAAACCCACCAAGGGUCUUCGCCGAUGAAAUCGAUUGCGCGAUCAUUGUUCUGGUGGCCAGGGCUAGACCGAGAGAUUGAGGAAAUGUCGGCUCAGUGCAAGAAUUGCAUCGACAAUUUGCCCAUGCCGCCAGCCGCUCCACCAGCAAGCUGGCCACAAACUUUUGAGAAGUGGUCGCGCAUCCAUGUGGAUUUUGCCGGACCGAUAGAAGGCAAGAUGGUGCUUGUGCUAAUCGAUUCGCACACCAAGUGGAUAGAAGCGCUUCCUUUGAAGCAAGCUACCUCGACAGCUACAAUCCACUGUUUGCGGGACAUUUUCAGCAGAUUUGGCGUGCCCAGAACGAUAGUUUCCGAUAACGGAACACAAUUCACUAGUCGUGAAUUUGCAACAUUUAUCGAGAACAACAACAUAUCGCACGUUAGGACCGCCCCCUUCCACCCGCAAUCUAAUGGGGCCGCCGAAAGAGCUGUCCGAACAGUGAAAGAUGGUCUUCGGAAGUUGAAGGAAGGAAAACUGGAGCACAAACUAAUGCGACUACUGCUCAAUUACAGAAGGACACCCCAGAAGAGCGGAAAGUCGCCAUCACAGAUGCUUCUCGGAUACCAGAUUAGAUCGCGCCUGGAUACGUGUUUUCCGAAGGGUAGUGGAGAUGCACCGUCUAACCAGGAGUAGCUGCCCCAACUAGAGAGCCGUGUGCACGUUCGCAACUAUGGGGCAGGAGACAAAUGGAUACCAGGACAUGUGACAUCUACAUCUGGGACCCGAAUGGUUACAGUAGAAACACCUGGAGCAAUUGUCCGGCGGCACGUGGACCAGGUGCGUCGUCGGCCUACAGAAACGCAGUC